UUCUUGACAAUAGGACCGGUCGUGCGGGGCGCGACGGCGGGGCAGGCCGGGACGGGUGCGCCGCUCCACUCUGCAGGGUUUGUGCGAUUCACACCGUACGCGACCCACUCAGUACGACAGUUGUUCGCUGCCUGCGCGGCGCGCGCGCCUCAUCCUGUUUCCGACUCGACAACAUUCCUUAACUUAUAAUAUAUCUAGUCAAAAUGAAGUUUAGUGUUUUCUGUGAUACUAACUGGAAGUGUUUGUGCGAUAAACGAAAAAGUGGAUUAGCUCUAUAACGACACGCUACGGUUCAAAGAACAAUGCUGUGGGAAAAAAUAACGUUCAGCUGGCAUCGGCAGUCGUUCCCAGCUACCUACCGAACGUCUCUCCCCCCGCGGGCCGGGUGCCGGGUUCAAUGCGCCUCUCUGCGUUUAUUCAUCGCUUGUGGGAAAAGUUGACCCCCGUUUGAAAAAAUAUUAACGAAUUCACACGAUUCCUGUUCUAUUGAUGCGUUUCUAAGAUGAAUGGGUCAUCAGCUCGAGUGUGCCUGGAUCAUUAUGAGAUCACUUCAUAGACACCUGCAACUGAGUACUUCUAUCCUAAAGUGAUAAUUUAAUUUCAGUUUACUUGCAGAGGUGUCUUUAACAACGAACUAAGUCCAACAACUUUUUAUACGCAAGCCGUCAAGGUUGCACCAUUCCUCAGUUGUUUGUUUUGAGCUUUGCUGUGUUUGUCGAGUUUCGAGUUCGUCGAAAUUGUUAUCUUGUUAUGCCACGGAUUGCGUACCUGUACCUAUAUCAGAAUCAGAAGUGAUUUAAUUCAUUAUUAGAUAACUUGUUUUUGGUGAAUACGGAGAUGAAACGUGUCGGAUUUGUCAUUAAAAUUUAAAUUGCAUUAACUAGAUUCCGGCCAUGGAUAUAGUGCGGCUUGUGAACAGUGCAAAAACAUCGCAUAGGUAGUGCCGCUAAGUGAAUUAGUGGAUAGUGCUGUGAAGUGUCUAGUGUACCUAUUUGGAUUUCGCUGUAUUGUCUUCAAAAUGGGGAACCAAGGCUCGUCAGCUCACGAGCCUUUCGACCGAGCUCAAACGCAGAAUGCCACCGACUUGAAAAUGAAAUCGUCAGUGCGCAGUUCAUUGCGGCGGGCGCGCGCCGGCGGCGCCCUCUCGCCGCCCCGGGCCGGCAUGGAGCGCCUGCGCCGGUCGUUCCGGGAGUCCUUCCGGCGGCGCAAGGGCUCGCCGCCCGAGUCGGCGCGCCCGCACCAAUGGCACGCCGACGAGGCCGCCGUGCGCGCCGGCACCUGCACCUUCCCCGUCAAGUACCUGGGCUGCGUCGAGGUCUUCGAGUCAAGGGGGAUGCAGGUCUGCGAGGAGGCGCUUAAGGUCUUACGGAAUUCUCGACGGCGGCCCGUGCGGGCGGUGCUGCACGUGAGCGGCGACGGGCUGCGCGUGGUCGACGAGGAAACCAAGGGGCUGAUGGUGGACCAGACCAUCGAGAAGGUCUCCUUCUGCGCGCCCGAUAGGAACCACGAGAGGGGGUUCAGCUACAUCUGCCGCGACGGCACGACGCGCCGCUGGAUGUGCCACGGGUUCCUCGCGUCGCGCGACUCGGGCGAGCGGCUGUCGCACGCGGUGGGCUGCGCGUUCGCGGCCUGCCUCGAGCGCAAGCAGCGCCGCGACAAGGAGUGCGCCGUCUCCAUGAGCAUCGACGCGGCCAGCCACGCCUUCACCAGGCAGGGCUCCUUUAGGAAAUCCACGAUGACGUCUCGGCGCGCGUCGGAGGCGGACGCGCCGCCGGUGCCGGCGCUGCCGGCGAGCGCGGCGCCGCAUUCGGCGCCGCCGGCGCAGGCCGCGCCGCGCCCCACGCCGCACAACCCGUUCGCCGUCGAGCGCCCGCACGCCGCGCCGCACCUGCUGGAGCGGCAGGGCUCGUUUAGGGGCUUCGCGCAUCUUAAUAACAGUUCCCCGUUCAAGCGUCAGAUGUCGCUCCGCAUCAGCGAGUUGCCGUCCAACCUGGAGCGCACGCGCGCCGGGCUGGGCUCGCCGCCGCGCGCCGCGCCCGUGCCCGCCGCCCCGCCCGCGCCCGCGCACAGCGCCAGCCCUGCGCCGGACACCACGUUUGCACAGGGCUCGGACCCGGUGCUGGCGAUGUGCCAGCAGCUGUCGCUGGGGCUGCGCGCGCUGGCGGAGGAGCCGGUGCCGCUGGCGCCCGUGCCGCUGCCGGCGGGCGCGCCGGCGCCGGACGCGUGGCUGGGCCGCGUGGCGCGCCGCCCGCCGCCGCUGGCCGCCGCCACCCGCGCUAUGUCCUACGCCGGCGCCAGCACCAACCCCUUCCUCGCGCCCCAGCCCACGCCCGCCCCCAUGUAAACGUGCGCGGAAUACUUCUUCCAGGCGUGUUGAGCGUUCGCCCGCGAGUUACCGCUCAAGAACGUUCGAAGCUUUAUUUGCGAUGUGAUCGGUCGGGGACCUAGAUUUUACAGUUCUCGGGUAGACUCACGCGCGUCUCUGACCAGUGAGGCUGAAGAAACUAUAUACUAACGACGUUCUCCGUCUAAUUUUUUUUUAAAUCGAGCCUGUCCCUAUCACUAGUAACGAUGAGCUCGUCCGUCUUGCCUUAACGUUUUACAUUAAACGUGUGAUUUUAUUUAAAGCUGUCCGCACAAGCUACAUAGUCCGAAACAUUGUAGUGAAAUGACAAAAAAAUUGAUAAUAUUUGUAUGUACAAAUCGGUUGUGUACGGGAGUUUUCCUACAUUUUACUUUAAUAGGGCAUUUGAUUGAUUUCGAGAUAUUGUCGAAAAUAGUUAAUUAGAUGACACAACGCGAGUUACUCAUUAUUAAAUUCCACACAAUUACAUAAUGGUUAGACUAAUUUUACAUGAUGUUUGUGUUGUAAUUAUUAUGCAAACUUUAUUAUUACCAAGACGAAAAUUGAUAGCGCACGAAACAAAAUAAAUGAAUGAGUAUAUAUGUUUGGGACUUAUCGGCGAAUUUGUUAACAUCGAGGUGUGAAAUGCUCAAUUCAAGCUAUUAUUUAUAGAGUAUUUUCAAAUCUAUUAGGACUAUUAUUGAAUGAAUGAGACGCUGAAUACGAACGCAAAUGAAUACAUUACACGCUCUUAAAAACGCUUUGUAAGAACGGAUUGUUGUAUGUUGGUGCUGAUUGUCUUAUAAUAGAUGUUUUAAUGUCACCGAAACUUUAAAAAAAUCUCUGCACGCCUAGUGUCAGCUUAGUAACGAGAAUGCGAUCGGUGUCUAUUUUAAAAUAUUGGAUAUUGUAUUAGUAGAAUAAAUAAUUGUUAAUUGUGACUCGCCUGGCUUAGCCAGGUCAGACUUCACUUGCGAGAGUGAUAUUUUUGUUUUAUAAAAAUAUACACCAUCUAUACGGAUGCUGUGUUGCGACUUGUGAUGGGAUCUAUCACACUGGCAAACCGUCUGAAUAAUUAUAUUGUCCCAGUAAACGAUGUUAUGAAUUAGUCAUUAUUAAGCGACAGCCUGAAUAAGUCUUAAGUGAAUCAGUCUCACUUGAGCUUUUGGUGACUAUGUGAUCAGCUCUUAUUCUAGAUAAUCGUAUAUUCUGGACGCAUUGAGUUAUCAUUAUAAGGUGACAGAGUAAACCGGGAGGGGAUGUAACUUAGAUAAAUGUUGUACUUAAUUUUUCUGUCUAUAGCAUACCGCACUGUGCUUUUGCGCCGCACAAUUUGAUAAUUAUAUGUAGUAUACGUAAGGUAGAACUAGUUCACGUAUAUUCGUCCAUGGACAGUAUUAUCAAGUCGAGAGCGUUGUUCCCACAAUGCGAAACAAAAAUAACGAACAAUGCAGUAUUUAACUUAAUAGGUUAAUACAUUUACUAUAUAGGGUUUGGAUAUAUUUUUCCACUUAUUUUGUAAAUAAUUGUAAAUUUGUAGACCUUUACGUUUGUGAAUAUAUUUUUGAAUGAACCAAUAUACACAGUUUGAGCAGCCUGUAAUGGUUGCCGUUACUGUGCGUAAAGUAGUCCUUUAAUAAUUACUUCGAAAUACUUAAAGAUUUUGUGUACUUACGUGUUAUGUCUUGAGUUAUUUUUAAUGUUAUUCUGUUACUUUUUUUAUUUUAUUUUUGUACUUUUCUGAAUUAAUCAUUAUUUUACUAGCAAUCAUUUAACUAGGAAAUCAUAUCAUUAGAUAAAUCAUAUCGCCACGUUUCAUAACGUAAAUAUACAUUGUUUUAUUGCGGUUCAAUCUAACAACUUAUUUUGAAAAUGUAGAGGUGAUAAGUAUGAAACAGAUAAACUAAAAAUUCUUUGUCAACGAUAACAUACACAUGUCUACUAAAAAAUGAAAAAAGGGAAGUCCAAUUUGUUAAGCUAUUGGCAGUUAUGGCUAAUAUAGGAUUAUAGGAUAAUAGUUGUGGUCAUUGAUUAUACCUGUAAAAGUGCGCAUACAUUCCAGACUUUUUUGAGACGUAAGCCUUCUCUAACUAAAUAACUUUAUGUAGAGAGGCACUACAGGCAUAUCACUAAUUAGCACUGCAUAUUUUUUCCUUGUGUUUUUCUACACCUUUUUGUAAUAUUUUUUACUUAAUCGACUAAACCUUAGUACUUAAAAUAUGUCUAAUAUGACAACAUACUCAGUAGUUUUCAUAGAAAAAUUUGCCAAUCACAGAUCUAUGGGUUCUAUCAUACGUACCAUUGUCUGAUUAUCAGAAAAUAGUUGUUAUGUACAUAAUAUUGUGAUAUGUAAUUUAUAUAAGUUUUCAUACGUAAUAGGUACAUGUACAGUCAGCGUCAUAUAGUAGGUAGCAUCCAAAGUACUCAAAUAGUUCGGUACACCAUAUUAUUUGUAUGGCGUACCGAACUAUUUGAAUACUUUGGAUGCUACCUACUAUACGACGCUGACUGUACUCGAGAUCGACAGCACCGUAUUUUGUAAACGUGUAACCGCACGCUGUUGCAUAACAUUAAGUACAUGCAUUGUUAUAGCCACUGGUAGCCAUAGCUUGAAACAAAUUACAUAUAUUCUGUGAAUCGUAUUUUCAUGUACUUAUAAAGAUGUGUAACUCUUUGAAAAAUUGUACUUAAAACGUUAUUUCGAAAUUUGUUGGAUGUUUUGUAUAUUCUACAGUGACUUUAUCUUUGUCAAAAGCAUGUAAAUAUCAGCACACAAUGUAGAUAUUUUAGAUACAUAAUGAGAGUUCAAAUAUUAUGAAGAAUAAAUAUUAUGUUUAGUUGA